GAUCUCCUCCUCAAGAACGCGGUGGAGGCCGGUGCAUCAUUGGAGUCAUUGGCUAAAGGUGCCGUCCAAUUUUCACAACGGUUCACUAUUAGAGAACUUGAAGAGCGGUGGCAUUCACUUCUCUAUGACUUGAAUACAUCAACUGAGGCAUCAACUCGUAUCAUAGAGAUUGAGAUUGGCGUGUCGGUCUACAAUCCUUCCAAACUUGGCCGUGCAUGCAAUUCCAAAGCAAAGGAUGCCUCAUAUGGGGGAAAGAAAGGAGAAACUUUGCAGUGCCACUACCACACAAUGCGAAAGAAAGCUCGAAUUGAACCACAUAAAUCUAUCAAAUUUGGUUUCCUCAUGUCAUCAGGCUCACAUGCUGCUAUUGACAAUGAUAGCAGUUUGCAUGAUCAUUUUAAGUUGCCGAAUGAGUUUGCUCACAGUAAGUUUCAUGUACAUGCACCUUUCUCUGACAACUAUGGGCAUACAGAAACAAGUUAUCGCUGUGGCCAGCAUAUUUAUCCUAAAAUGGUUGAGGUUGAGUCCACUGCUCCUGCAAGUAACCUUGCAUUCCAUGGAGGGGUGGUUGGCUCGGGUGGGACCAAACUUCCUGUUGGAAUAUCGGGCACAGAUUGCUUAUAUGGGCAUGGGGAAAAUAUUUCUUCCACUUCAAUAGAUGAAGCUGGAUUUAAUGAUGCUGGCGAGAACUUUGAACCUAACCUCACAGUAAAAGAUUUUCCUCAUGCACUUGAUAGAAAUCAUUGCUCAUCACAGACAUCUAAUAUUCCGGGAUCUACUUCUACAUUUCAUCAGCUUGGGUAUUCCUCUCCUUCACUUGGUCUUCCGAUUUGGAAAACUGAUGUUUCUACUCCGACUCUUCAAAUGGAUGGGCAGUUUGAGGAAAAAGGCCAAGGAGGGGUGACCAUGCAAUGUAUCAAUAAAAUAGAUGAUCAAGCAUGUGAUAAUGUUACUCCUAAGGGCAAGCUAAAUAAUGGAACAUCUACUGCUGCAUUAAAUGAUUCAGCAAUUUUGUUGGAAGCCAACUUUACCGACUUUCCUGACCCUUGCAUGAGCUUUGCUGAUGAUGAUGAUCUACUUCUGAUUGAUGUGGAUGAGGAUGAUAUUGGAGAUGGGUCCUGCUUGAAUGGUCUUGGCUCUAUUUUCUUAAGUUCUCCUACUUCUGCUCACAUGGAUAACUUGCCCAUCCCUGGCGAAUCUAAACCAUCAGAUGCUUUUUGUAUUCCUUUUUGUAGUGAUGCUGACAGUUCUGUGGAACAUCAAACUAUUCAUGAACAGACCCAUAUUGACAACUUUGAUCUUCAUAGCUCUGUUGUUCCAGUAGCAUGUGUUUUGCCCUCAUCUUCAGGAACAUCUCUUAGUGCAGAACCUGUAGAAAAGUUAAUGAUCUGUGUAUUGAACACAGAGGACCAGGACAUUCCAUGCAAUGAUAGCGUUAACUUUCCUGCGAAGUCGUUUCAAGCAUUUCCUACUACUAAUAUGAGGCAAGAUAUUUCAUCCACUGUGGCUCAUCACGGGAAGGCAACUUCAGGAGAUUGUACAUCGGCUAAAGAAGGGAAGACAACAUGUGUACAGCCUAAUGUGACCAAUUUCAAGGCAGGACACUCAUUGCUGCAUUCAACUGUUGAUUGCAGGCUUGAAAGUGUGCCAUCUGACAGGGAUUUGAUAUGUGGAGCAUCCACAGUUUCAAAUAAAAAUAUGGAUGAUCCAAGUUUGAUACCAGCUAUUACUUCACGGUCUGCGCCAGAUCUUUCUCUGAAGCAAGAAGCUACUGAAUUAAAUAGUGAAGUUGCUUGUAUUCCAUCACACCACGAGUUGGUUUCGUCAGAGUUGGGUUGUGUAGAUCCGUUGCCAUCAAUUUCAGACCAGGAGGAGGUCUUUGAGAAUGAAGAAGAAGAAGAAGAUGUUGAUGAUGUACCUAACUUUUCUGAUGUAGAGGCCAUGAUACUUGGCAUGGAUUUGGGUUCUUACGACCAGGAAUCAUGUCUCUUUACCAAGGAAGUAUCAAAAUACCAGUGCGUGGACACCAAGAAGACCAUUAUUAGGUUGGAACAAGGUGCACGUUCUUAUAUGAAUAGAGCCAUUUCAUCUCAUGGUGCUUUUGCAAUCUUUUAUGGCCGCAAUUUGAAGUACUUCAUCAGAAAUCCUGAGGUGUUGCUUGGAAGGGAAACAGAAGAGAUAAAAGUUGACAUCGACCUGGGAAAGGAAGGCCGUGCUAAUAAGAUAUCCAGAAAACAGGCAAUUAUUAAGAUGGAUGAAGAUGGAUAUUUUCAUCUCAGAAACAUUGGCAAAAGCUCAAUUUUUGUUAACAGUAAGGAAGUUCCAGUGAGGAAGCGUAUUAACUUGUGCUCAUAUGCCUUGAUUGAGAUCAAAGGCAUGAGAUUCAUAUUUGAGGUGAAUGAACUUGCCGUGAGGCGUCGCGUCGCUUCCUUAAGACAGAGUACUCAUGGACCUAAAUCAGAAUUUGAUUUCGUGUACAAUUGAGAAAAUUUUCCUGGAUCUGUUCUUUGAGGGUAAUUAUCUAACAGUUUUUUAGGUUAUUUUGAGGCUAUAUUUACAUGCGAAUCUUACAUAAUGUAGUUGGCCUAUAUUUAGGCAAAAAAAACAUGGCUUAGAAAUAUAGUCUAUUUCAAUCUUUUUAGCUCUACCAUAUUAUCCUUCCA